AUGGCACUCACAUGGACUAGAUUUGUCCCAGACCACUACGAAAGUGCUGCCCAGUCCCCACCAUCUCCCGCAGAUACUUUUGUCGCGCAUCCUUUCCCUUUCAUGCGCCUCCCCGUGGAAAUACGUCUACAGGUCUACAGAGACUACCUACUCGAUCGGUAUUCCCCCUCACCCGCAGAAAUCCACGAAAUGGUCCUUGACACUUGCGACUGGGAAAAACCCCCGGCUGAGAUACUGCAAGUCAGCAAGGCGGUGAACGCGGAAGUCCAGGACCUCCUCCGACAUGAAACUACAUUCAACCUACGGAUAUGUUGGCAAGAUGCCACAUUCGAUGGUCUCGCGGUCUCGUGUUUUCGGGCCAGGGGCAAGCCACUGGACUAUGACGGCAUCGCACACCUCAGGAUCGAAAUCUAUCCUGCACACCCCGACCGGUAUACCGACAUGAUACGCGUCUGGAGACAAGUUCAGAAGGUCUGUUCCGAUCUACAAGGGGCUUCCUGCGUACAGAACCUAUCCCUUCACUUCAUGGAGAACCAGUACGCGACGUGGUCACUCGACGGCGAGCCUCGGGGGACAAUGGACAUGAGUUGUAAUCCAAAACGGUUGCCUUCGGACGUUCUACAUAUCCUCGACCUAUUCAAGCUCCUGCCAAACGUCGCCAAAGUACAAAUACAUCUACCUGUUUCCCUAAACGAGGAUGUGAGCCUGCAAGAGUCGAAGCGAGACACCGAGGACGUGAUGAUGCAGAUCAAGUCACUUGAUCAUGCACAUCAGAAGUUGGUCAUCAAGACCAUUGAAGAAGCCAUAGCAGAGAACGAGGAAGACUUGAAAUACGUUGAUGGCAGCAACUCCCAUGACAAGCUGGAUAGACUGUGCGGAUACGGUCACUGGAUUUCUAACCCUCAUUUCGACAUCUUCGAGAAGGUAUGGCCACAUAGAGACUCCGUUUUUGAGUGGGAAUAUAGACCACGCUCACAAUACAUCGGCGAUGAGAGUCUCGAGAACGCUCCUUUGGAUUAUGUCGACCCCUAUGACAGCGACGACUACUAUUAA